AUGGCCCUCUCGCGUGUGCGAAAGUUGUACCUGAAGAUCCCCUACUACCGUCUUGAAUAUGGUCAGUGGAUCUCAUGGCAGGAGUACACCAAUUCGAUUUCGAAUCGGAGUCCCUUCUACCACCGUUUGGUCACGCCCAGCCCGCCUGAACGUGCGGAGGAGCCAUUACCGAAAGAUUUUAGAGCUCUACAGGGAAAAAACACAGCGGGAGUUGAAGGAGUGGAACUUUCACGACCUCGGCCCGACUAA